UUUAACUCUGGAUAUAGACCCUCCCCGCACCCCGUGACGUCCUUUCCGGUCUAACCUGACAACAUGGACGCCAGCCGCGUGCAGCCGAUCAAGCUCGCCAGAGUCACCAAGGUGCUCGGGAGAACUGGUUCCCAGGGACAAUGUACACAGGUCCGUGUUGAGUUCAUGGACGACAGCAACCGCUCCAUCAUCAGGAACGUGAAGGGCCCAGUCAGAGAGGGAGAUGUGCUCACACUUCUGGAGUCUGAAAGAGAGGCCAGGAGGCUGCGAUAGGUGAGGGCUCAUGGACCCGGCCGUAUCUGUCGACCUGUUCACUAACUGCUUGCCGAAGACGUGAGGUGCCAAUCCAGCAAUGUGAAGUAGAAGACGCCAUCAGCUUUGCUUGCAAUGGCUAACAUCUCACUCUUUCAGAUUGUUUUGAAAUAAAAUUGGUUAUCAAGAUGAAA